UUGAGUCUUGCAGGUCUGACGCUUGAAACCAUUCGAUGACGCCUGACAGCAAAAAGGUGGUUUUGAUGUACUCGAGGUCAAAUUUAUAUAUGUAGCACAUUUAAAACAACAAAGUUGCUGUACACUGAAAUGAUGUAGAUCUAAAAAGUCUGCACAAAAAAAUCAGAAAAAUGUAACACAAUUAACAUUAGCAUAAAAAAGUAGAAAAAAACAAUUUAAAAAUUUAAUUUGGACAAAAUGCAACCGUCUAUGAUGAUGUCACAGCGAGAGGAUAAAUGUUUUAAUAAAGAUUUACAUGUGUGCAGUGUCUGAGCUGUGCAGCUGUGCAGCUGUGGCGUGGUAUUGAUUCUGUAGCUCUGGUGCUGUAGAUGCAGGAGCUCGAUCACCUCUGUUUUAAUCUGGUUUCAGGAUUACUUAAGAGCAUCUGGUUAGAUGACCUCAGACCGCGGUGAUGUGUGCAUGCUUUCUAACGCCUGUUAAGAGGCGAGCUGCCACAUUCUGGACUAAAGAUAAAGAUAACUGUUCAACACCAAAGUUAAAGUAGCCCAGGCAGCAAGUGCUAGAAGCAUGAAGAACUUUAUUUUCAGUUCCUUCUGUAAGAGGUGAAGCUUUACUUCUUCAGUGACUCUGAGUUGAUAAAAACAAACUGUCGUGAUGACUGUUAUUUGUUGGUCCAUUUUAAGAAACCUGUUAAAAGUCACGCCCAGAUUUUUUACAGCAACAUGACUGGAACGAGCCAAAAGACUCACAAGAGUCAUAUUUACCAAAGCGUAUGAAAUCGGUCCUUCUUUCAUUAAAAUGUAGGAAGUUUAUCCUCAUCCAGGACUUAAAGUCACUAAGACAAGUUCAGCUGAAUGGGCAUAAACACCUGGAUGUCACGGCAAAGAAAGCCGAUCUUUUCUAAAGAUAGAAGUUAGGGGCAACACGUACAAUGAAAAGAGGAGUGGGCCCAGAAUGGACCCUUGAGGUACUCCACAAGUGAGCGAUGCUCCCACCUGUACAAAACAACUUGUGUUUGUCAGGUCUGAUUCAAACCAGGUCAGAACUGUGCCUCUAAUCCAGUUUCAUGUAGAGCUGAGGUAGAAGGACCCUGUGGUCCACAGUGUCAGAGGAGGAUGUAGAAGCAGCGACUUUAGAGUUCACUUUCUUUGUUUCUGUGUUUGCAGACGAUCAGUCGGAUUUGACUCAUUUAACAACUGAAGUUUUACUUUAGGGGAAACUUGAAAUAGAUUUCUUUAACAGAGGUGAUAAAUAAUGCUCACAUUUUAAAUGCUACAUGAGAUGCAUUUAUAUGAUUCUAGUUCUGAUUUGGGAAACUGACAGACUUCAAACCUGUGAACCAGCCUAUAAGUAAUUUAUACUUAUGUAAUUACAAGUAUUUUACUUGUGUUUAAUUAAUUUCACACUAUUGUUAAAUAAUAAAAUCUUCCCUUGUGUGUUGUCGUGCAGUGCAGUGGAUAGAUGGUAUCUUUGCUCACGCUUUUGUUUGGCGUCCCAGAAAUGUGCAACUUGUGUAGCUACCAGUCCAAUGCGACUGAACACAGCACUGAGAGAAAUGUUGGUAGAGAGGCUCAGUUACUUUAAUCAGCUGCUUAAAUCUGACAUUUUUACUGUGCUUUCUGGCGUCAUGUCUUCCUGCCUUUGUGGAAACAUGUUUUUGACGCAGGCUGAUUGUUUGUUGGACGUAAGUGACGUAGCUCUGCAGUGCAAAGAGUUUAACAAAAUGUUUUUUCUAACAUUUAGAUUGCAUCAGUGAGUGACCUGAUAACAGGAAGUGCUGCUGAGUGACAAGACCCAGCAAUACAGCUAAUGCACUUUAGCUCACUGCUUUGUAAAUGGUACAUGGACUGGUCCUUAUAUGGUGCUUUCUUACUCUGAGCACUCAAAGCGCUUUACACAACCAUGUUUUCUGUGCUCUCUAUCUUUCCAUCUAACGCUCACACAUUCCUACUCUGAUGGAUGCAUCCGAGAGCACCUGGGGGUUAGAAACUCGCCCGAGGAAAUGGAGCAGAUAGGGGUUGAACCACCAGCCUUCCAGUUCAUAGCCUGUGGAAACUCCCUCCCUCAGCAAUGGCUUCACCUGUUUCAGUGUACAACAUCUUAGAGUCACACACGCCCCCUACCCGCAAAGAGUCUCUGAAGAUGGAAUUGUUAUCUGACGUGUCCCUGCUGCCUGGAGAGGAAAGGAUUACUGAUAAAGACAUAAUCUACAUCUGUCCGUUCAGUGGAGCCGUGAAAGGCAAAGUGUUGAUCACCAACUUCAGACUUUACUUCAAGAGCUCAGAUGCUGAUGUGACGGUGACGCUGGACGUUCCAUUGGGUGCCAUCAGUCGAGUGGAGAAGAUGGGUGGGGCGUCAAGCAGAGGAGAAAACUCCUACGGCCUGGAUAUUACUUGCAAGGACAUGAGGAAUUUGAGGUUUGCCCUGAAGCAGGAAGGCCACAGCAGAAGAGAUAUUUUUGAGGUUCUCUUCAGAUACGCCUUUCCUCUGUCACACGGUCUGCCUCUUUUUGCGUAUUUGAGUCAAGAGAAGUAUGCUGAGACUGGCUGGACCAUCUACAAACCUGUAGAGGAGUUCAGACGGCAGGGUUUACCUAACAACAAGUGGCGUAUAUCAUUCAUCAAUAAGAGCUAUGAUCUGUGUGACACCUACCCCACUGUGCUGGCCGUACCCUACAAGAGUAAAGAGGAGGACCUCCGAAAAGUGGCUGCCUUCCGGUCAAGAGGACGAAUACCGGUCCUGUCAUGGAUCCACAGAGAGAACCAAGCAGUGAUCGCCCGCUGCAGUCAGCCUCUCGUUGGCAUGUCUGGUAAAAGGAACAAGGACGAUGAACGCUACCUGGAGCUGAUUAGGGAGGCAAAUGAUACCACCAAGCUCACCAUAUACGACGCCCGUCCCAAUGUCAACGCAGUUGCCAACAAGGCCACCGGAGGAGGCUACGAGGGUGAUGAGUACCAAAAUGCAGAGCUCAUCUUCUUGGACAUCCAGAAUAUCCACGUCAUGAGGGAAUCCCAGAAGAAACUCAAAGAUAUCGUCUACCCCAACGUGGAGGAAUCCCACUGGCUGUCCAGCCUAGAGUCCACACACUGGUUGGAACAUGUAAAGCUGGUGUUGUCAGGAGCCAUCCAAGUUGCAGACAAAGUGUCCAGUGGGAACUCAGUAGUAGUUCACUGUAGUGACGGCUGGGACCGAACUGCACAGCUCACCUCUCUGGCUAUGCUGAUGCUGGACAGCCACUAUCGCACUCUCAGAGGAUUCCAGGUUUUGAUUGAAAAGGAAUGGAUCAGCUUCGGCCACAAAUUUGCCUCCGAGGUGAGGUCCAAGACGGUGUCUCUGUGGUCUCUGGUCAACAGCAAGGUGGAUAUGUAUUUAAACCCCUUCUACACCCCAGAAUCUGGCAGGGUUCUCUACCCUGUUGCCAGCAUGCGCCACCUAGAGCUCUGGGUAGCGUACUACAUCCGCUGGAACCCACGCAUACGACAGCAGCAGCAGAGUCCAGUGGAGCAGCGCUACAAGGAGCUGCUGGCCCUCAGAGACGAAUACUUGAAGAAGCUGGAGCAGCUGCAGCUGUCCGACUCGUCCACUUCCUCUCAUCUGGCUAACAGCCCCACCCCCAACACCACCUCCUCCUCCACCUCCCCCCCUUCACAGCAAUACACACACCUACAGACUCCUCUCUGAGGACGCACUCGCGCAUGCACAGAUAUCAGAAAUACUUGCUAACUUGCACUUACACCUUCUUCAGUUUGAUUUGUGUCUUGCACAUGCAGGGAAUUAAUUAGUUUUGUGCAGCCCUAACUGUUGAACAACAGAAAAUUGCGAAUAGGUUUUAGAUUUGAUGGCU